CGCUAUAUAAAGUCGGCUCAAGCACCAUUUUUCCAUCGCAUAUAUCCAGGAAUAUUGCUUGUAAGCAAGAAAAAAAAUUAUUUAGUGUCAGUCUGUAAGGGGCUUUGGCAAACAAAACAUACCUAUAAAUUGGAACAGCGUGCUUUUUCAAAGCCAUUUGUCUUCUUGGAAUCAUUUAUCAAGGAAUUAUCUCAAUACCGAAAAUAUUUGCAUUAUCAGCAUUUUUACUCUCCUCAAUUAGUUUUUUAUAAUUUUUGACUUCAUUUUACAUUACUAUUUUUGUUAACCAUGGUUAAUUUUCUCACUUCUAAUUUGAUGCGUCCAUUACGUAUCGCUGGACGCCGUAUUCCUGGUCGCUUUGCUGUUUCUCAAGCUCGCUUUUACGCCAAGGAUUUGAAGUUCGGUGUAGAUGCACGCGCUUCUCUCCUUUCUGGUGUCGACACUUUGGCUAGUGCCGUUUCUGUUACUUUGGGUCCCAAAGGUCGUAACGUCUUGAUUGACCAAGCAUUUGGCUCUCCAAAAAUCACUAAGGAUGGUGUUACCGUUGCUAGAAGUGUUAGUUUGAAGGACAAGUUUGAAAACCUUGGUGCUCGUCUGGUACAAGAUGUUGCCAGCAAGACCAACGAAGUAGCCGGUGACGGUACCACUACUGCUACUGUGUUAGCUCGUGCUAUCUUCUCUGAAACCGUUCGUAACGUUGCCGCAGGUUGCAACCCCAUGGAUCUUCGUCGUGGUAUUCAGCUCGCUGUGGAUAAUGUUGUGGAAUUCCUCCAGGCUAACAAACGUGAUAUUACCACUGCUGAGGAAAUUUCUCAAGUCGCUACCAUUUCUGCUAAUGGUGACAAGCACAUUGGUGAAUUGCUCUCCAAGGCCAUGGAACGCGUCGGCAAGGAAGGCGUUAUCACAGUCAAGGAGGGUCGUACUAUCAGUGAUGAACUCGAAGUAACUGAAGGUAUGAAGUUCGACCGCGGCUACAUUUCUCCUUACUUUAUGACCGACGUCAAGUCUCAAAAGGUUGAAUUUGAAAACCCCUUGCUUCUUUUGUCCGAGAAGAAGAUUUCUGCUGUUCAAGACAUUUUGCCCGCUCUUGAACUUUCUGCUCAACAACGUCGCCCUCUUGUCAUCAUUGCUGAGGAUGUCGACGGUGAAGCUCUCGCUGCUUGCAUUUUGAACAAGCUUCGUGGUCAACUUCAGGUUGUCGCCAUUAAGGCUCCUGGCUUCGGUGAUAACCGCCGUAACAUGCUUGGUGACUUGGCUGUCUUAACUGACAGUGCUGUCUUUAAUGACGAAAUUGAUGUUUCUAUUGAGAAGGCUCAACCUCAUCACUUCGGUAGCUGCGGUUCCAUUACCGUCACCAAGGAAGACACCAUUAUUAUGAAGGGUGCUGGUGAUCACAUCAACGUUAAUGAGCGUUGUGAACAGCUCCGUAGUGUUUUGGCCGAUCCUAGCCUCAGCGAAUAUGAAAAGGAAAAAUUACAAGAACGUUUAGCUAAAAUGAGUGGUGGUAUUGCUGUUAUUAAGGUUGGUGGCUCUUCCGAAGUUGAGGUUAAUGAGAAGAAGGAUCGCAUCAUUGAUGCUUUGAACGCUGUCAAGGCUGCCGUUUCCGAGGGUGUUCUCCCUGGUGCUGGUACUUCUUUCGUUAAGGCUAGUCUUCGUUUGAAUGAAAUCACACCCGCUAACUUUGAUCAAAAGUUGGGUGUGGAUAUUGUUCGUAAGGCUAUUACCAGACCCGCUCAAACUAUCCUUGAGAACGCCGGUUUAGAAGGCAAUUUGAUUGUCGGAAAGCUUAAGGAGUCAUACGGAAAAGAAUUCAACAUUGGUUAUGAUAUUGCUGAAGAUCGCUUCGUUGACUUGAACGAAAUCGGUGUUCUUGACCCUUUGAAGGUUGUCCGCACCGGUUUGGUUGAUGCUAGUGGUGUCGCCUCCUUAAUGGGUACUACCGAAUGUGCCGUUGUUGAUGCCCCUGAGGAUUCUAAGCCUGCCAUGGGUGGUGGACCUGGUGCCAUGGGUGGCAUGCCCGGAAUGAUGUAGAGCUCUUAAGAGUUUCUGUUUGCAUCUUCGACUUAAUUUUUUUCUUCGGAAUUAAAAUUUCAUUUAAUCUCGUCCGCAUAUUUAAUAAUUAAUCUUGGACAAUCUGAUGAUAAAGUUUGCUCAACGACGCAACGAUUUAUGAUUUGAGAAAAGUCUCAUUGAAUAAUGAUGCCGAGUAUGUGUGUUCCUUUUGGAAAUUUUUUCUAAUUUUAAAGAGUGGUUAAUGAUUUUCUGUUUUUUGUUAAUGAACGGCAUUCAUUCAUUACAUUUAAGCCAGUUAAUGCGUUUCUCAUUGAUUGGCAGAGAAUCUAUUUACUCAUUCAUUCUGUAAUAUAUGAUUCUUUCUUUUAUAAAUGGUAUUCGAUAGUGAUUUACGUCGAUUUCCUUGAAUAUGGGUUUAACCAGUGACUUAUGGAAAUCGCUUUGCUUUUUUGUUUGAUUUGGAAACGAAUAAAGAAUAGCCCCUUGCUAAUUGUUUUGGCUAUCCUAUGAAAAUGUUUUAGUAUGCUAAUAUAUAUACAGUACCUGAAAGUGAUGAAACAUAUACGGAUUAUUAAUAUAUCCGAGAGCGCAUAAAACUCAUGUGGAUAAUGCCGUUGCCUUCCUUCUGAUUCAGGUCUGUAUAUAUUAUGGUUAUUAGAACAUAUUAUAGGAUAGUCAGGAUAGCUAGCGAAAGUGCGAUUCUUACUGUUCCAUUUCUAAACAAGAAAGUCUGAGGGUUUUCGUAGGUUUAUGUAGUAGUGUAUUUUCGUAGAUGUGAAAGUGUUAAGAGUAGCUUGUAGCCUUACUAGUAGUUUUCAUGAAAGUUUAUUGCUCGUAUGAGGAAUUUUGCUAAAUGGUUAGGAGUUGAUGGUUAUUACUUUGAAGAUGAGAAUGCUAAAACUGGAUUAUUGGGAUAUGUCAUGUUUACAACAAGCCUUUGUAGGCAGCUGACAUUCUUUACGAUUUGCUUUUCAAAUUUCAAGCAACAGUUGUUCUUCACAAACCAAAGUUCUAUCUAUAGCUUACAAAGUGAGAGCUACCGGUUGCGGCUUAUUAAUUUUCGGUCCCGUGUGUCGAAAGAAAAUAGUAAAGAAUAAUAUUACGAAACGCAUAGACGUUAUUGACUAAUAAGGAUGCCUGGUAAUGAGUGUUGUAUGCUAUGUUCUCAGCGUGACCUUUUAUAAAUUCAUU